AUGUCUCCGCUCUCCGUGCCCAAAAUCUUCAUGGCUGGCGGUGCCGCCGGCUUCGGCUACUACCUGUACAUGCGCCAGUACUGGUUCCCGAACCCAUACAAGACGCAGGGCGUGCAGAACAUUGAGGACCGCUUUUCGUCAGGCGGCGCUGCGCCCGAUCAUACUCCUGCUGCUGGAAGCCAGCGUGGUACGGGCAGCUCGACGGCCAACGAGGGAAGACACGAUGGGCCCAGCAAGGGGCCGGGCUCAGAGCACUUCAAGGCCAACAUUAGCGAUCAGCAGAGCGAGCCUGUCUGGCCGGGCAAGUUCUACGAGCAGCAGUACAACAACCCCAAGGGCAAAUAA